UCCUUACCCUUAUCUGCUUGACUGCUCUGAUACAGUACCUCUUGCGCAUCUCUCAUAGAAAAUGAAUCUUCUGGGAUUCACUCUGGUUCUGGUACUACUGGUGGGGACAUGGGCUCAGGUCAUUUAUCGACGACCUGAGUGCGACUCUGCUGAGGUAGAGGAGGCUGCUGUGGUGGCUCAGGAUUACCUCAAUGCCCAGCACGCCCAUGGCUACAAGUAUGCACUGAACAGGAUCGAGGACAUCAAGAUUCGUCCUCAGCUCGACGGAGACAUCUAUUUCCUGGAAGUUGACCUGCUGGAGACAAACUGUCACGUACUGGACCCCACACCUGUUGCUAACUGCACAGUCAGACCCAAAAUAUUGACGGCAAUAGAAGGAGACUGUGAUGUGGUGCUGAAGAAGGUUGGCGGAGCUUUCACUGUCACAGCAUUCAAGUGUAAAACCGAGGAAUCGAGAGAGGAUCUGUGCCUGGGUUGUCCCACCCUCCUUCCACUAAAUGACACCACAGCACUGGACUUUGUCCAUGCCUCUCUGGCAACCUUUAACAACAUGACUGUGAACAUAACCUACACUCUUGUGGAGGUUGGAAGGAUGUCAUCACAGAUUGUGUCUGGUGGGCCAGUCUAUAUAGCAGAAUAUGUUGUAGUUGAGGCUAAUUGCACUGAUGAUGUCUGCGUGCCAUUGGCUGACGUCAUGGCUGUACGUGGUAUUUGUUCUGCCAAAGGUUUGAAUACUGCUCACUCAGUGGACUGCAAGAUGUUUGUCACUCUGGUGCCUAUUGUAGAUGACAACAGCACUGCACCUGUAGCUCCUGUCUUGCCACCAGUGGUCCAUGUACAUACAAGCGACUUGUCGCCCAAGCAUGGUCUGAAACACCACAAACUGACUACUCUCCAUGACCCUCAUCUGAGUGGCCUUGUGUCUGCAGAAUCAGCAGAGUCAGCUGAAGUUGUACCUGUAGCCCCUGCAGUGGUUGUUGAUGCUCCUUUAGUUUCUGUUGAUCCAGCUGUACCUGUUGCUGAUCUAGCUGUAGAUCCUUCUCCAGCUGCUGCUGACCCUGCUCCAACUGCUGCUGACCCUGCUCCAGCUGUUGCUGAUCCUGUUCCAGCUGCUGACAGUGUAUCGACCUCAGAUGCCUCACAAAGUGCAGAGGUCCCUGUUGUUUUGAUGAAGAGAGAUGUAUCCGAUGUACCCGCCCCAAUAGUGGUUGACACCCCUACAGCUCAAAUAGACCCAAUUUCUUUAGUGCCAGUGUGCCCAGGAAGGAUCAGAUUCUUCUAAGUGUUCAGAUCCCACAGACUCUCCAUACUUGGCUUUCUUCAACUACACUGGUGUGAGAGUGAUUUGUGACUUUAAUUGAUAAAUGAACAUGUUCUGUGAUAGGUAGAUGUAACACCAAAAUACUAUAUGCAAACAAAGAAUAAUCCAUUAUUUGAAAUUGUAGAAUCACAAGAGCCAUAAGCAUUACAACUAUAAAAUGUAAAAUUGAUGACAAGACUUGCAUGUGACGCUGAAUAAAUCUCUCAACUCAAA